CUCUCAUUAUCCAAAUCUUCAAUCCCACUUCAUAUUCUGCAACAACAAACAAAGUAUCAUCAUCAUCAUCUCAUCUUCUUCUAACAAUUGUGCAAUAUUUCUCGCAUAAUGCCUUCAGUUGACCAAAAGCUAGCCAUGGCCAAGAACUGCUCUCAUGAGGGAGUAGUUGCAGGAGCUAAAGCAGCUGUGUUAGCCACCAUUGCCACUGCUAUUCCAACUAUGGCAAGUGCAAGAAUGGUGCCAUGGGCAAAGGCUCAUCUUAACCAUACAGCUCAAGCUCUCAUCGUCUCCACAAUGGCAGGAGCUGCAUAUUUCAUAGUUGCUGACAAGACAAUUCUAAAAAGUGCUAGAAGAAACUCCUUCGACAAUGCUGAUCAGCCAUGAAUCUUUGGGAUUGUAUUCGGUUUACUUGUAACCUGUAGUACUCUUGAUUUUCAAAAACAUGCGCCAUGUAUUAGAAUCGAUUAUGUAAUGUAAAAUAAAGUGGAAAAUAUCAUAAAUAUAUUGGCUUAUAUAUAUUUGCUGCAUAA